CGCGCGCAUGCGCGGCGGGAGGCGGCGGGUGUUGCGGAGCUGGGGCUGCCGGGGCUGCGGGCGCCAUGUCGGGCCGCUCGGUGCGCGCCGAGACCCGCAGCCGCGCCAAGGAUGACAUCAAAAAAGUGAUGGCGGCCAUCGAGCGCGUCCGCAGAUGGGAGAAGAAAUGGGUGACGGUGGGUGAUACCUCGCUGCGGAUAUUCAAGUGGGUGCCGGUGGCGGACAGCAAGGAGAAAGAGAAAUCCAAAUCAAGUAGCAGCACUGCCCGAGAACCCAAUGGCUUCCCAGCUGACACCUCUGCCAACUCCUCUCUCCUCCUGGAGUUCCAAGGUGCUGUUUCUGCAGAUGAGAACAGCAACCAGAGUUCCCUGUCGGACGUCUACCAGCUCAAGGUGGACAGCAGCCCCAACUCCAGCCCCAGUCCCCAGCAGAGCGAGUCCAUGAGUCCUGCCCACACGUCCGACUUCCGCACGGAUGACUCGCAGCCACCCACACUAGGGCAGGAGACACUGGAAGAGCCGUCCCUGCCUUCCUCGGAAGUUGCAGAUGAGCCUCCCACUCUCACAAAGGAAGAGCCAGUCCCCCUUGAGACUCAGGUAACUGAAGAGGAGGAGGACUCCAGUGCACCGCCUCUGAAGAGAUUUUGUGCCGAUCAGAACUCUGUGUGCCACACGGCCUCGGAGAGCUAGCCUGCCCAGCCCUGGGGAGAGCGCCUUCGCCAGCCCCUCGCAGAGCCGCCCGCCCUCCCCGGGGGGCCGGGGUGCUUCCCUCCAGCCUGCCCCUUCCCCAGGGAUGGGGGCUCCUGCCGCUCGCCGCCCAGCCUGCCCCUGCCCUGCCCUCACAGGCAGGAGCCUCCCACCAGCCCUGGUGCAGGCAGCCCACGCUCCCCUGGGCCGGUGGGGCUGCCACCAGGACCUGCAAAUUUGCCUCUAUUUAUUGGCUCCCUCUCUCCCUGUUCACCUGGCCCGUAGCGUGGGGGUCUCCGGUGGGUGGUCUGCACGCACAGGGGGGGUUGUCUGCGGGGCUCCCUGCUCUCCGCGGCCCCCCCGGGGCACUGGCAGAUGCUGUUUGCCUGCUUCUGGCUCCCCUGCUUGCCCUCCCCUAGGCACCGGGAGCAGGAGAGCUGCCUUCCACCUGCACGGUCGGCUCCCCUGUGAGCGUAGGCAGGCGGGGGGAGUCGCGGGGGUGGGGGGCGAGGGGGGCGCGGGCCGAGUCCUGCCCUGCGGCCGCAGGGAUGUGCUGGGACGCUGUGCAAUAAGCUGCUAGUUUAAGCCAUUAGUGUUGGGAGAGACGGGAGCGCUCCCCCCGUGGAGGGCAGGGACUGGCCUUCCCUGCUCUGCUGUUUGGCGCUGGCCGAGACCCCGCGGGGGUAGCACCCCCCCACACCCCACCCCCCCCCCAUCCCGGCGGGGCCCGUAGCCCCCCCCCCGCACCCCCGGGAGCCGGCAGAGCAGGGGGGGGUCUGCGCCGGCCUAGGUACCCCCGGUGUCCCCCCCUUCCCCCCCCGCGCCCGGGCCGCCCCUCCCGCCCCCCCCCCCCCCCCCCGCCGCCACUGCAUGUUCCGCCGAGUCUGUGAUCGAGCCUGGCGAAGCCGAAGGCGCGGCCGCGCGUGGAAGUGGAAAGUUAUUUUAGCACUGAAUAGAAUAUUUUUAAAAUUAAACUAUUUGAAAUACA